AUCAAAAUGGCUAUUACUACACCCUUUUGGCUGUCUUAAUAAGUCCAUCAUAGUGGCCUAAAAAGGCUAAAGACUUUCACAUUUAAAACGGACGUUUAAAAUGCAUUUCUUACACAAGGGUGCCAAAUAAGAGAAAUCAUGAUUUUUAAAUUGUCUUAACUCUCGAUAAACACUCCUCAAGUAGACAAAAAAAUGUGAAUAUUCCUUCCUUUAGCCAUAUUCCACCCGUGCAUGCAGGUCAGAUCUGAUCAGGGUCUAGUGGGAGGAGGGAGGAACACACAGAGCAUGUUUGGAGUCGGGAAGCAGCUCGGUGGUUUUGUGCUGUGCGCACCUCCCCUCUCCACAGCGCGGAGAGCCUCCUCUCGCCUGCUUGCGAUUCCAGCUCUUCGUGCCAGAGCCUGCAGCUGUCUCCGCCGCGUCCCACUGCCGCUGUUGUGGGAAAUCGUAGGCACUGUACGACGAACCGACGGCGGACUCCGGUCCCCUUGAAGUGUCAGCGCAAACCCCAAGGAUAUCGCAACUUUUAAAAACAAUUUCCGAUACUGUUUGGAGAACUGAAUGAAGACACCUGACUGCUCGUUACGCCCCAAUCUUUGACACUGUGGAGGCUACAGGAAUGUGGAAUACAAGUCACUCUCAGUGUAAAAGGACCUGUCUCCACUCCUGACACCAUGACCACAGACCUGAACUUGACCUCCCUGCUGAACGUAACUGAUCUGCACAACCACACAAGAGGAUGUUCCCUCACCAAGACCGGCUUCCAGUUCUACUACCUGCCCACGGUCUACAUCAUGGUCUUCAUCACGGGGCUGGUGGGCAACAGCCUGGCCAUCUGGAUGUUUGUGUGCCACAUGAGACCGUGGAGCAGCAUCUCCGUCUACAUGUUCAACCUGGCGCUGGCUGACUUCUGCUACGUGCUGUCGCUGCCCUUCCUUAUCUUCUAUUACUUUAACAAAACCGACUGGAUAUUUGGUGACAUUCUAUGCAGACUGCAGCGUUUCAUAUUCCACGUGAAUCUCUACGGGAGUAUUUUGUUUCUGACCUGCAUCAGUGUGCACAGGUACACCGGGGUGGUGCACCCGCUUAAGUCUCUGGGUCGACUGAAGAAAAAAAAUGCAGUUAUUACCAGUGCGAUGGUGUGGCUGGUGGUUAUUAUAGCCAUCUCCCCCAUUCUUUAUUAUUCCAGGACCGGCUUGAAGCGUAAUGCAACCACUUGUUAUGACACCACAACUGAGGACGAACUACCGGGUUAUUUCAUCUACAGCAUGACUUUGACCGUUUUUGGCUUCUGCAUCCCUUUUAUUAUCAUAUUCUGUUGUUACUGUAUGAUUGUGAAAGCGUUAAUCUGCAAUGACAUGAACAACGCCCCCCUACGGCAGAAAUCCAUCCACCUUGUCAUCAUCGUGCUCGCUGUCUUUGCCGUUUCGUACCUGCCCUUCCAUGUGAUGAAGAACCUGAACAUGCGGGCGCGGCUUUACUUCCAGGGCCCGGACAUGUGUGACUUUAACAACCGCGUGUACGCCACCUACCAGGUGACACGGGGGUUAGCCAGCCUCAAUGCCUGCGUGGAUCCUAUUCUUUACUUCCUGGCUGGAGAUACAUUCAGGAGGAAGUUGUCACGGGCGACGAAAAAGCCCUCCAAGAAGGGGGACCACGUCCUGCAGUCGAAGAGCGAGGAGACGGCUUUGAACAGCCUGGCUGAGUAUGUGGAGAACGGAGAACGCCGGCUGUGACAAAAGUCAUGGGUGUGGAGCUCUGUUAGCUUUAGAAAAAGCAUGAUGGACUUUGUAUUGAAUAAAUAAAUGAAUGCACUGUGGGUCUGAAGGCUGUGUGUCAAACAGGAUGGACGAUGGUUUUAUUGAACUGUAGGAUAAAUACUCCAUAUUUAACCCCGUAUUGUCCAUCGCUUGCUUGCAGCCUGUGGAUAUUGAUAAGAUAUUGUGCUCUAUUGUCCCGUACAUGCAUUGUACUUGUAUAUGUCAGAGCAAUCACUUGUCAUUCUUACUGAGUAGAAAGGGUUGCUUCACUUUGGACACAUUAUGAGGAAGAAAGCUGGAGGAAAUGGGCUUUAAUCUCCUGCUCAUCAAUUUAUCCUGGGAAAAUAGAUGCGAGAACAGAUCAAAUCUUCUCCAACCAACGAGCUGAAGUUUAAUCAAUAGCUAUUAAGCAGGUAAGAGCCUGUGCUUAAGGAAGUGUACCUGGGAUUGCUCUUAGGAGGAUAAAUUAAAUGCACUGAACUGAUUGCUGCAUGGAUGUGCCGUGCAGUCAAUGUAAUGCACUAUGAACGGGGACUGCAGAGGGCCACCCAUCAAUCCUCAUUUCUUCCUCUAUCUUUAACCGACUGGGGGCUCUGAGGUUGAGGACUGUGGUGGCUCUGUUACCGCAAUCUUUCUCUGCUUUAGUUAAACUGUUGUGAACAGAAAAAAAAGAGAAGAUAAUACUUACAGUAUUUUUGUGUAAAUGAAACUAUGAUGAAUGUUUUUUUUAGGUGUUAUACAGGAUGCUGUGACGUGCCAGAUUUGCUUGUGUUGUAAACUUGAUUUGUCCUAGUCAGUAUCACUAAUCCAGACCAUUAGUGCAUGAGUCUAGUAUCAAAAACCGACCAGUGACAACCGGACUAACCACAGCUGGUUCUAACUACUUGUAUUUUUUUUGCAACAUAAUUGAUAAAUAACAGACACAUUAACUCAAAUCACCUGCUUAGCGACUCCACCAUUAUGUUGAAGACUUGUCUGUAUGAGAUACCUCAAAGUAAAUCCUGCACUGUGUCCGUGUUCUGGCAGAUAAUCAUUUCUCUUUUGUACCAUGUCGUCAUCACUCUGGAGAAUUGAUGGUGGAGCUCUCUCUGUAUAUAUUUUACCCUGGACUGUGUGUGUAAAUGUUUGAUGUCAGUACUAAAGCCUUUGUAAAUCUGUAAAGUGGUCCGCUAUUGUCAAGAAAAGGAAGUGAAUCCCCUGUAGCCUUCAGGAUAUAUGGGGCCACAUGUAUCUUUGUCAAUAAAUUUUUGUAUUUAAAACAUG